UUCAAUUAAUCACGUACGUGAGCAGACAACCACCUAAGACUUUAUUUAAAAGCCAUUGUGCCUUUUCACAAGUUGAGAAAUCAAUUAACUUUGCGCCUCAUCAGUCACCAUACAGUGUCGCUGCGCGAGAGUCCUUGCAAAAACCGAAUUUUCAGUUUUUUUUAAGUGAAGAAGAAUCUAUAUUUGUUACAAAAAAAACAGCAAAGUGUUUAGUUAGUUUAAAAUGGUUGCAAUAGAUGCUAAAGAAAGCUCGCUGUGGGCAAAGAUUUUGGAAAGAGUGGAAAUUCUAAUCUGGGUGCUUAACCAGGCUUGCAUUGGUUUCGUGACGAUAUAUAUGUUCUGGAUAUGUAUCUACCAAGACAUGGAUACCAUGCAGUUGCACGCUUUCCUAGUGACCAUUGGGUUCUCCCUGCUCAUGGCCGAGGGUAUAAUGUGUCACUAUAGCAUCAAUCCGCUGACGAAUGGCUUCAAACGUAAAUCGAAAACCAACAUUCAUUGGGUGCUGCUGACGCUCGGCGGUGGUUGUGGCGUUGCCGGUUGUCUUGUUAUGAUUGUCAUAGUGAAAUUCAAAAUGGAUCAAAUACACAAUCGUUUAGGUUUCGCCGCAUUUAUACUCUGUCUCAUCAGCAUGCUGUCAGGCUUAAGCGCGCUCUUUUCGCGCAACCUUCGUCGCAUACUUAGUCCUUUACUCAAUAAAGGCUUCCACAAUGUGGUAGGUUUUGGCACAUUUCUCACGGCACUACUUGCGCAGUACUACGGCUAUGAGUUUUUUCACCACAGCAUACUGUGGUCCUUCGUCAAUGUUUUGCAAGUGGUAACACUGGUCUCACUAGUGCUCACUUCAAUUGGUCCGCUGAAGGCACUUUAUCAGAAAAUUACGAGUUAUUUUGAAUGAAAUGCUCAGCUCAGUGUAUAUCGGUGGCACUCAAGGAAGUAACUCGAAAGUGAAGAUCUAAUAAGUAUUAUGUAUAUUAUUCUGCAAUAUUUGUAUGUAUUUAUUGUCUUUAUUGUAAGGCAGCUUAAGUGUACUUGUGUUUUUUAAUAAUAAAU